UCAGGGAGGGCGGCCGUUCAUUUACUUCAAUAGCAGCACUGCUAGGAAGGAAGAGCAAGCGUUAGCUACUCCGAAUCCCCAGAACUGCUCCGAACAGUGUGUUCGAAGUUUGCAAGAAUGGCAGGAAAGGCAAUUUACAGUGUAAUUUGUGUAAUGAUAUCACUGUUCUGUGCCCUCACCGCAACCCAGGCUGAAAAAUACAAAGUCACAGAUCAAGUGUAUUUUGACAUAAGCAUUGGAGGUGAGCACAGUGGAAGAAUUGUGAUUGGAUUAUUUGGAGAUGAUGUUCCAAAAACUGUGAAGAACUUUAUUACAAUUGCAUCAGAGGGAAUUGAUGGUAAAACCUAUGCCAACUCAAAAUUUCAUCGUGUGAUUAAUAAAUUUAUGAUACAAGGUGGAGAUAUUAUCAAGCAAGAUGGCACUGGUUCUAUAAGCAUCUAUGGGAAAUACUUUCCUGAUGAGAACUUUAAAAUAAAACAUACUGCAUCUGGUUUCCUCAGCAUGGCAAAUGCAGGAAAGGACACCAAUGGCUGUCAGUUUUUUAUCACUACAGUGGCAACUCCGUGGCUUGAUGGUCACCAUACGGUUUUUGGCAAGGUAAUUGAUGGCCAGGCUGUAGUCCACAAGAUUGAGCAAGUGAAAACUAAUUCAGAUGAUCAACCUGUGAAACCAGUUGUCAUCAUGGAAUCAGGCAUUGUGCUCACCCCAGCACCCUUCUACACAUCUGAUAAUUCUUAUGAGUAAAUAAUACCUGCUUGCUCAUUUUGCUGAGUUUGUGUAUGCAAGUAGUUAGUUAGGCACCCUUCCUUGUUCUGCACUUAGGUAGUUGAGGAGUAUUUCCCUCUGCAGGAAAUGGUGCUCUCUUUAUAUGCUGGGGUACUGAAACAAAUGCAGAUAACAUUAUAUGGUCACUUUAUUUAUAAAAAAGUUCAUUCUUAUUGCUCAUAUCUAUGUUAGUUGUAAGUGAUAUUGAUAUUGUAUGUGACUGACUCUUUGUAACUGAUAUACCUUAACUUUCAUAGCUUGAAACAGGUUUGAGUAGAAAUGAUUCAUAUGUUGAAACUAAAAAUUUUAAAUUGAUAUGAUUUAAAAAUUUGUAAAAAAAAUCAUUGGACACCAGAAGACCAGUUAAUACAGAACAUAUCACAUCACAGCUCUUGGAGAAACUGCCGUUGUCUUUAAAAUACAUUACCGUCUUCGUUGUUUAUAAGAAGAAACAUAUCUUACCCUAUCUUUAGUUUGUUGCUCCUCCCAAGCUUCCAAACCAUAUUUGUUUCAACUGAAACUGUUCCACUGUCUAGUAGUACUUUUAUCUUUAAUUUUGUAAUGUUUAAUGUUAUCUUUAUGUAGUGUCAUCAGUCAAAUGUGUGAAUUUUAUCCUAAUGAAAGCUGGUAUGACUGUGAAAGAAGACUGAAGAAUAUAAGAAAUUAUACAGUUACAAGAGCUUGUUUCAACAAAAUCAAAAUUUGCCAAUUAGAUUAAUUUUGUGCAGUACAUCCAACUGGUAAAUGUAUCAAAUUUUUAAACAGCUUGGAGAGUGUUAGCACAUAAUACAAGAUAACAGUUUCUAUUUUGUAUUGCGUGCAAAAUGGCAUUUAUACUGUCUCAUCCAUUUUUUACAUCUGAAAAUUAUUUAAUUAAUUUUAUGUGUGUGUAUGUAUAUAUAUUAAAAUACAUUUUGUAUGUUUAUGAAUAAAUUGAAGGACUUUCAGCUGAAA